AUGGAUAUGACAUUCUCAAGUGACUUUUGGCAGUCACAACUUCAUGGAUAUAAUUUCGAAUGUCGAUUGUCAUUGCCCACUGAUCGACAACGUUCAUCUAGUGAUCAACGAUCUGGUCUUGCAUCUAUAGCGCAAAUAUCAUUUGAUGAGGACAUUUCAACAGCAUUUCUAGAUUAUGCAUCUGCUCAUAAAGUCACACCUUUUCAACUGGGACUAGCUACAUUUUAUGCCUUUCUCUUCAAAAUAAGUCAUGGUCAAAGUGAUCUCUGUAUUGCUUGUCUCAAUGCCAAUCGAUACAAAAGUGAAUUACAAAAUAUAAUUGGAAUGUUUGUUGCAACAUUACCUUAUCGUAUUCAACUUGAUUCUAAUUGGUCAUUCGAUGAACUUGUCAAACAUGUACAAGAAAAGUCCUUAUCCGUUCUCGAACAUUCUCAUUAUCCAUUACAAUAUAUUCUUGCUGAUUCUCAUAUCAGUCAAUUAAAUGCUUCUUUUCUCGAGACAGUGUUUAAUUUUCUCACUGUGCCUUCCGAUAUGGCUCACUUAUCUUUGAAUGGUGCAACUUUAGAACAAGUGUCAUUAGAUCCAUCGUGGGAAUCUAAGGAAAUGGAUAAAUUAUCGCAAAUAUUUUUAAUCGAUAAUAAAAGAGCUAAAUUAUCACCAUUACCAAUCUAA